AAUCACGGAAGUCAGAACUUAUCUGGGACGCUACACAAUGGGAACUGCAACUUCGCAUACUUAGAAAUCCAAAAAUCCUGUAAAGGGAGCUGCCCGGUCAUCAGACAGGGGACAUUGCAGAGUCCAGGAUCUCAUACACCUGUGUGCUGGCGCACAGAGGGAUGGUACAGGGCACUGUAGACAUUCCUAUGGACAGGAAAGGCCAGAGAGGAAUGUAACAGUUCCCGUCCCCCGGAGAUCACAAAUAUUUCACAGCACAACCAUGGAAGAGAAGGCACACAAUUGUUACUGAGAGUGUGUGGCUUAUACUGCGACUUUGGAGGAAAAGGGACUUUUCUCAGGAAUUCUGCCACACCUGGGGACAGUGACACAGCAAGAUGCAGGAACCUGGGACUCCUUGGCAAGAGAACUUGCUGCUCUUGGAUCCUUUGACCUCUGUUGAGAUGAAAUGGGACUUUGUGCUGGUAUGUGAUUACAAGUCUAUCGAUAGUGAGGAGGAGGAGAAGAGGCGGAAAUACAUGUCCAAACUGGAACAAAGGCGCUUUAGGAUAAAGAAAUCUAGAGAUGGAAAAAAGAUAUUUUAUGGUGUCAGGGCACCUCCAGACAUCUUUAGGAAAUAUGUCCGACUACUAAGAAACCCAGAUCAAGGCACCCAGAACCUGAACAAUGAACAUGUCUCUGAAACAACCAGGAUUCGCAUUGUUCAUUUUAUUCUUUACAAAACUAGCAUUGAAACCAAUGGCAAGACUGAAACUCUAGAUGACUUGCUAAAAAGUGGUGUUUUUGAGACCACUUUCCCACUUCACGCUUUGGAUGAGACUCUCGGCAAGCAAUUGAAACAAAAGUGGGCACGCUGGCGGGAUGUCAUCUACAUACAGCCUGUGAAAGAGAUCAGACUAUAUUUUGGAGAGAAGGUGGCUCUCUAUUUUGCAUGGCUUGGAUGGUAUACCCUUAUGCUUUUUCCCGCGGCUCUUGUUGGUUUGGGGGUAUUUUUUUACGGAUUUAUGCAUUUCAACACCAGUCAGAUCAGCCAGGAGAUCUGCAAAGCCAAUACAACCCUGAUGUGUCCACUCUGUGAUCAGAAUUGUCCCUACUGGCCCUUGUCAGACACAUGUACAUAUGCAAAGGUGACACAUUUAUUUGACAAUGAAGGCACAGUAUUCUUUGCAAUGUUUAUGGCAGUCUGGGCUACUGUGUUCUUGGAACUGUGGAAAAGGCAGAGGGCAAGAGUUGUUUUUUGGUGGAACCUGUACAGCUGGGACGAGGAUGAGGAGGAGCUGGCUUUGGAGCUGAUUAAUAAUCCAGAUUGUCAAAUCCAGAUACACCAAUAUUCUUACCUGCGCUCCACUAUAGUUCUACUUGGCGUGGCUGUCACGAUUGCCAUAUUGAUUGGUAUAGCCCAGGCCCUGGUUAUAUACCGUGUGGUGAUAACUGUGGUCUUUAUGCGCUCUUCUUGGGACUUCCUUAAGGAACAUGCUAACACUGCAGCGGUUAUGUCUGGAGCCGUACUUCAUUAUCUUACCAUUGUCAUCAUGACCAAGGUGAAUCGUGUUGUAUCUACUCAUUUGUGUAAUCUGGAGAAACCACGGACUUUUACAGAGAGAGAAAACAGCUUCACCUCCAAAGUAUUCACAUUUCAGUUUGUUACCCACUUCUCAUCUCUCUUCUAUGUGGCAUUCUUCCUGGGAAGGAUAAAUGGCCACCCUGGAAACUACGUACGUAUUGCAGGACACUGGAGACUGGAAGAAUGUCACCCCAGUGGCUGCAUCACUGACCUGUUCAUACAGAUGUGCAUCAUCAUGCUUCUGAAACAGACCCUUAGCAACUGUGUGGAAUUCCUGUCCCCAUUCAUUGGCUACAAGGUGCGUAAGUUCAGAGAUCAGAGGAGCAGGGUGCAUAGUGAAAAGUGUGCCGAGGACCGUACAAUGGAGUCCUGGAAAGACAAUUACAGAUUGGGCCAAAUUCACAUAUUCAGCCUCUUUGAUGAAUUUCUAGAAAUGGUCAUACAGUACAGUUUUACAACAAUCUUUGUGGCUGCAUUUCCUCUUGCUCCUCUCCUUGCCUUCGUCAACAAUAUGUUAGAGAUUCGCCUUGACGCCAUCAAAAUGACCCGUUUACAGCGCAGACUGGUACCAAGGAAAGCAAAUGAUAUUGGUAUCUGGCUACUGGUCCUUGAAGGAAUUGGAGUUCUGGCUGUUAUUACUAAUGGUCUAGUUAUCGCCAUCACAUCUGACUUCAUUCCACGGCUCGUAUACAAAUACAAAUAUGGACCAUGUGGACAAGGAGAGACAGAUAUUGAUUGUCUCGCAGGAUACAUUAAUCAGAGUCUGUCCACCUUCCGCACUAGCGACUUUGAGGAGCUAACCCAAGUUUCAAAAUCUCUGUACCCAAAUACCACUGUGUGCAGGUACCGUGAUUACCGUACAGCUGAUGAGGAAUACAAUUAUUCUGUACAGUUUUGGCAUAUCUUUGCUGCUAGACUUGUGUUUGUCAUUGUGUUUGAGCACGUGGCAGUAUGCAUAAAAUUCAUUGCUGCCUGGUUUGUACCCGAUGUCCCUCAGGCUGUGAAGAACAAAAGUCUAGAGAAGAAGCUUGAACUGCUGCUGAACGAGCUUGGAGAGAUGCCAGAAGAGAAUGAUGAGUUAUCCCAUGACAGCUCCCCCCACCCAUACAGAAACCUACUAGAGGACCUCAGUUUGAUAGAACGUUCAACAGAGGUAUGAGUAGCACCAAACCUUGGGGGUAACAGAAGAUGUCAUUUGGCAAUAAUGGCAAA